CCAGCACAUCAACGAUAAGAUGUACGUGUUAUGUGCCUGUGUCUGAAAUAUGCUAACUAUCAUAUACUAACUUUCUCAUCUAGGUUUUUUACCGGUAUGCGACCUCACCAUGCCCCGGCAGGUUUGAGUCACUAACCCAUCCUUCCAACCAGACCUAUUGGGGAUGAUUGCGGGUAUAGGCUGUGUCGUAUCCUCUGGGAUUACUCUUAUCGUGCGUCAUUUAUAGGUGCUAGUCGUAUAAUUUGAUUCAAAGCGGUGAGCCUCAGAUAUUCUUCCCGCGCUCAAUCAAGGGGGAAAUAUCAAAUAGGGAGGCGGCUCGUGAGCUUCGCCGGCUCCCCCGACCAAACACGUUUGGAGAAGAUCCUAUGAAUGUACAGCACGGAGAUCAGCACGUGUCCACAUAUCAACUGCCUCCCUAUGACAGCCACUCGAUACAGAAAUUGACAAUUGAAGAAAUAUCGGAUGAGGAAAAUCCAAAAUAUGGGCCAAGCGAGACGUCACCUUCACUAUCCCUGCAACCAAAUCGCAGAACGAAGGACGGGAAUGUGGAAAUGGGGAGUGUCUUCGCUCUCACGGACGCUGCUCUGUCGAGACAUCAUACAGUUAUGCCGAAGUCGAAUUUAAAUCAUCUUGUGUAUCACUGGCGAUCACCACUUGAAAUUGGAGAACCACCACUUUGGUACCGGUGAUACCAAAUGAUUUGGCGGUAAAAUGGACUGACAGGAUCGAUAUUCUACUCGCCUUAAUUGCGGACUGCUUUGCUAACUCUAGCUCUAAGUGCCUAAAGCUUCAGCCUGAGUCGGCUACUUAUGUGUUGCCUCGUCAUUCUUCUACUUCAUACAAAGAUUGACCUCAGUCGAGACUCAAGCUAGCUCAGAAGUGAAUGUCCAGUAUCUACAAACUGUAAGUACAAGCUGAUGCACAUUAAUAUUGGUAGCGAUAUGCCAAGUCUUUUCGCACAAGAUCAGGUUAUCCUAAAUCUGAUGAUGUCCUCGAUGCUGCAUGUUGAAAACACAUCGACGUCGAUGAGGAAACAACUAUCUCCCAAGCUCCUAUCUAUCAAGGUCUGACUACGGGUACACUGUCACGUUUGUUUUGAUCCAUCAGCGCCCGCAUUCAGGGGGUAUGAUAGCGUGGGAAAAGUGAAAGGUGUUGGGA